UACGCUAAACCCAAUCCCGCCCCGCUCACUGUGCGGAAGCCCCCGGGUGCGUUCAGUAGAGCUGGAGGAGGUGAAGCUUCCCGGGUUAAAAGGGAAACCGGGUUGCAGUGGACUGAGUAUAAGCGGUGACUUUCAGACGGCUCACGGUUUGGCCAUGGCGUCCUGCAGCUCCUGCGUGGUGAUCAGCGAUGAUGAACAGGGUUAUGAUCUUGACCUCUUCUGUAUACCAAAGCACUACGCUGCUGACCUGGAACGUGUCUACAUACCUCAUGGACUAAUCAUGGACAGGACUGAGCGACUGGCCAGAGAAAUCAUGAAGGAUAUGGGAGGACACCACAUUGUUGCCCUCUGUGUGCUCAAAGGGGGUUAUAAGUUCUUUGCAGACCUGCUGGACUACAUCAAAGCACUGAACCGCAACAGUGAUCGCUCCAUUCCAAUGACCGUGGACUUUAUUCGUCUCAAAAGUUACCAAAAUGACCAGUCUACAGGCGAGAUUAAGGUGAUUGGUGGAGAUGAUCUGUCCACACUCACAGGGAAGAAUGUCUUGAUUGUGGAGGAUAUAAUUGAUACUGGGAAGACAAUGCAGACCUUGCUAGAACUUCUCAAGCAGUACAAUCCAAAAAUGGUCAAGGUGGCCAGUUUACUUGUGAAGAGGACACCAAGGAGUGUUGGCUACAGACCUGAUUUUGUAGGAUUCGAAGUCCCUGACAAAUUUGUGGUGGGAUAUGCGCUAGAUUACAAUGAGUACUUUAGAGAUUUAAAUCAUAUCUGUGUCAUCAGUGAAACAGGGAAAGAGAAGUACAAAGCUUGAGGUGGUCUGCACCUCCCCCUUUUAGCUGUGCAUAAUUUUUACUGAUGACCAUUUUAUUACAUUUGGUUUGUAAUUUUAACUAGUGCUGCUUGCUGCAGAUGCAGCUCCUUUUCUCCAGGAGUGAAAAGUGCAGAGAGAUGUGGUUCCUCUCAAGGCACGAUGGCGCUCACAUACUGGUGACCCCACGUGUUCCUCUGCUGAAUCAGAUUGUAUUUUUGUUUGGAUUUAUUCAACUUAAAAAGAGAUAUAUGGUAGUAAAUUUCUCUAAUUUAUUUUGUAUAAUUUUGAAAUCAUUGCCAGACCUUUUCUUUUAUGUUAAAUAUUAACUUUAUUCAGGAUGAUUAGGGGAGUUUGCAGCCAAGCUUGACAAGAUCUUGAUCGAUUGGAUCAAUCUUAUGUAUUUGCUCAUUGAACAAAAAUGAAUUUCUAAUCAAACACUUGCACUGUCAUAAGCCAUUAUGUGCAUGAUCAAAUGUAAUUAAUUUUUAUGCACAAUUAUUUCUGGUUGUUUUGAUUAAGAUGAGCAGGACAACUGUACUGUUAAUCCAAAAAGAUGACAUCAUCUUAGGCAUUUACCCUUGGCAUUUUUUUUUUUAAAGUCUAUUCCUACAAUUUUUUAUUUUAAAUGACUGCUUAUUGCUGAUUAUAAUAUUCUGUAAGCAUAUGUGACAUCAUCUGAAUGGGUAAAAUGUUAUGGUGCCUUCUAUGCCAAGUCAUAUAGCCACAAUAACAGUCAUAUCCAAUCCAUUUUCUGGAAGAAAAAUGUGAAAAGACGACGAUGGGAGCUACUCUACAUGUAUUUGCAGUUUUAGCAACACCCUUAUCAGCUUGUACAAUAGCCUUAUAGGUUAAUAUGAUGGGCAUAAAGUACUCUUGAUCAUAUUUGAUUUAUGAAUAGUUUUGGGGUUUCAGAUGUACACAUCGUUGCCCUAGCAAUAUCUCAGUCCUGAAGCAGUUUUGGCAAAUAGAUCAUAUAACUGGACCUUUAUAUCAGAGGGGUUUGUGAAUGACGUUAAUGAUUUGGAUUGAAAAAUGUGAUGACAUUAAAUAGUAUUUUUCAUUUGAACUUGAGAAAGCAUUUGCCUUUCAACACCCAACUUCUCUUAAAAUAAAUCAUGGACUUACAGAGGUAAUAUCAUGCGGCAUACACAGAUGGUCCAAGUGGUGUCUGAAUCAACUCCAUGCAACCUGAUCCUGGAAAAUUUGUAGGAAUUAACCCAGGCAAGAGCAGUUCUGUUGGAUUUUAUAAGUAUACCCUUUACACCAUCAGUUACCUUCACUCUAACUUUGUAUGAGCUGCUAUGAGUAUGCCUAAAAUAAAUAUAUUAAGUUAA